AUGAUGUCAACGACACACUGGUCAGACUUUGUUCAUGUCGCAGGUCGACUGCUUACAUAUAAGCGUGCAGUGGACUUGAUGGACUUGGUCGCAAAGAUCUGGCCUCAGCUCUUUUCAAACAUUCAAGUAUGCAUGAUACCAUCAAGUUCAACGGUGCCUGGCGUUCUUCCUACGAAUCCAUGGACAGCUGCUCAGAUCAUGAGGAAAAUGACUAGCGAUGAGUCCUUGUUGGGUCGUUUUGCAGCACAGCUAGGCUCACUUUCUGUGCACGACAUAGACGUCAAGGUCUCUGAACUUUGGCGUAGUGCACCGAAACCACUGGUGCAUGCGGAAGUGCUAGUGCAUGACUGGCUAGAAAACACCGAGGGCGGAAUCCGCCCUGAACGGUUUUUCAAUCGUUGGAAAUUCAUCGGAUCAAGCAAACCACCCUGCAAACUGUGCUCUUAUUUUUUCGAUGAAUAUCCAACUGAUGUUCAAGUCCGGCCCUCUCAUCAGAACGCGUAUUUUACCUGGCGGAUGCCUGAUGUGUAUGAGUACCAAGGUGAGGAAUCAAUCCGGAAACGAAUGCUCGUAAUGGAUAGCAUCAAGACUCGAAUCAGAGCGGACGUUAUGCGAAUACUAUCUGAGAAGCUAGCUGAUGGACGAACUCAUGAUUCAAGUGCAUAUAUAUCCUUAUGGCGUGGCAUAGCGCCAGGUCUUCCCAACGACCCUAUUACACUCGAAGCAACUACUCAGUUGCUCGAAUCGCACACGCUUUCGACAAAGCACGAACAAAGUUCCACUGGUCGAAAGCCGGCCAAUGAAGUGGUAAAAGUACUGGAUGAGAAUGAAGAAGGGCUAGAUGAGAGUUAUGAAGAGCAAUUACUUUUCAAAGGUAGAUCGGCUAUCCGAAAGACUUAA